AUGGAGGACCGCCUGCGGGGGCUGCAUACCACUCUCACCACCUCCAUCAUAGGCCCAACCCCAUCAUCCUACUUCGAAGAUGCGCAGGUAAAGGUACAAGCGCUGUUACGACCGAGUGAAGCCGGCAAUGUGCCGGUUCAACAAAGUAGUAACGAGAGUACCGUCAAUGGCGUGGUCAUUGGACUGCUCAGCUCGUUCGGGAGCGCCUUAUUAAUUGCAUUCAUCUUCUUGAUAGUGUAUUUCUUCAGAUAUACGAGUAGCGGACGUAUCCUGCUGGAUCGCAUUGGGAGACCCGGAGAGUAUGACGAUGAGCAGGCGUAUGCGAGGGAGGAAGCAGAGGCCCUGGAAGAGAUGGAUGAUUUACAGAGGACGGAAUAUCUAAGAGCUAAAGCCUUUAUUCAAGCAAAUCCACCGGACUCAUUACCGACCGAUAUCUCUCUAUCACAAUACCUAGCGAUCCAGGAGAAGGGUGUGUCAGCAUGGGAGUUUGAGCCGGAAUUAGAGAUUGCGAAUUGCUUUGUAGAAGGCCGGACAGAAAUCGAGUUUUACGACAGCGAAUGUUCCGUUCUUUCGAAUCUACCUCUCCCAAAACAAAAUGAAGUGUAUUACUGGGAGGCCAAGAUCUAUGAUAAGCCCGAAACCUCGUUAAUAAGUAUAGGAGUGGCUACUAAGCCAUACCCUCUAUUCAGGUUACCUGGUUGGCACAAGUAUUCCGUUGCAUAUGUAUCCAACGGACAGCGAAGAUAUAACCAGCCUUUUCAUGGACCCAGCUACGGGCCGCUAUAUGUCCAAGGAGAUGUUAUCGGCGUUGGAUACAGACCACGAACAGGAACGCUAUUUUUCACAAGGAACGGCAAGAAAUUAGAAGAUGUAGCACACGGCCUCAAGUCACAAAAUCUCUUCCCAGCAGUUGGAGCGAAUGGGCCAUGCACAGUACAUGUAAACUUCGGGCAAUCAGGCUUUGUGUUCAUCGAGGCAAAUGUAAAGAAGUGGGGUUUAGCGCCCAUGACUGGCAGCCUUGCUCCUCCUCCACCAUACGGCAGUGAGCAAGGCAGUAUUCUUCUCGAAGCAGGACGAGAAGGCGCCCAGAGCAACCAAGGACAUUAUCCAGAUACACGACACGGACGAACAAGAAGUGGGAAUUUCCGACACCAUCCACCCACGAGCCCAGGUCCAGUUCGCUCACCCACCGACAUUUCUUUAGCUCACCUUACACACAUUCCUACUAAUGAAGAUCCUGGAGAGUCGAGCGGCGCAGCUGAUACACCGUCAGCUGGUCUUACUACACAAGCCGGUCUGGGCGUUCAUGACCCUUCGAACCCGCCACCCGAGUACACGAGUCCACUACCCUCGAAUUCGGGAAGUCCUCGAGGGAGCAGCGAUAGCGAACGAACACCCAUGAUAAGGAGAAAGAGCACACCACCUCCAAUACCAAGUUACAGCGAUGCAGUAGCCGAAGACAGAGCAAGGGAGCGGAGAGAAAUUCAACGGGAAAGAGACCAAGAAGACGGUGCUAGUGACUCAAAUUCAUCAUGA